GCAUUUGACAGGCGGAGCCAUCGACCAGCUGAUGUUGGUCUAACCUCGCUCGAAGUUCUGUCAAUUAUUUGCCUUGGUGCGCCGAAAUGCUUCGAACAGCUUUGAAGCAAAUAUCGCGGGAGAUUUCACGGUUACAAUUAGUGCACCAGUAUCCCACGUUAUCCUGUAGAUCUAGUGCGUGGGGGCGUUUCCUUGCCACUUCACCGAAAUGCCUUGUCUUCGACAGAACAGAGCAGAAGAUCCCAGAAAUCCAAACUCUUUCAACCCUCACAGAUGCGGACGAUUUGACUAGUACGAUUCCGUUCAUCCACGAUGAUCCUUGCAAACUCGAUAACAAACGGCUUAAUCGCCAGGCAGCCCUGCAACUGCUCCAUGAUGAGUUGUUCAUUAGCAAGGAGGCGGGCGAGAAGAUAUUCGCGAAGGAGCCGAAACUUCGAUUUAUCAACAAAGCGAAUUUCAGUAAAGUGGUUGAGAUAAUAAAAACGUUCAAGAUUGAAUCCCCAACGGUAUCGGAGUUUCCCUGGAUAUUGGCUAUACCAUCGUACAAUCUCCGUGCCAAGCUCGAAACUCUAUCGCAAAUGAAACCGAAGAAAAUCGAUGAUUUCAUCCCGUUAUUACGCGCAUCGAAUUUUCGCUUAGUGAAAAUCCUUUGUCUAAUGGAAAAUGAACGUGAUAUUACCCCGGAAGGCAACAGAAUCUAUUAUUUAUCAAAGAAAUUAGAUAUGCCGCCUAAAACGGUUUGCAAAUACAUCGCGCCAAGGUUGUUUAUGCUCGAAAUACCAUUACAAACGUUAAUUGCCAGUUUAGAUGCCAUGUUAGAGUACGGAAUAUCGCCAAAUAGUAUAAUUCGAGAUCUUUGGGCAUUUCGGUAUAAUACGCAGUCGAUUAGAGAACGGUUGGAGCGUGCACGAAGCGCACAUAAGACGAAACUAAUGCCUUGGAUGAUACGGUGUCCGGAGCCAAUAUUACAGAGAUCUCUUCGACUAGCUGCCGAUGAAAAAGAAAUCCUUGGCGACAAUGAUGUCUACGACUAUUUAUCAGAGCGUUUGGGAUACGAUAUAGAAACAACAAAAGCCAUUGUUUCAAAACACCCGGCUGUGGCGAGAGUACGUGUGACAAAGAUCAAAGAAAUCCUUGAUUAUCUUCUCAACGAGGCUGGCUUUACUCGAUACGAUAUCGCCCAAGUGCCGCGUAUUCUUUCGCAUGGCCUGGAGACUACAAGGCAACGUUUAGAGGAGCUGAAAUCAUACGGAUGUAGACCGACCACUUUAGUGAUAGUUUGUAAAAGUAAGCGAGAGUAUCAGAAGUUUGUGGAUAAGUGGCUUGAAACUAAGAGGAAAAUUAAAAUGCAGUAGUUUUUGUAGAAAAUGAUUGAAUGUAAAUAAUUUUGA